UAUUUAUUUAUAUAUAUAUAUUUAAAGCCCCAACUCUCCUUUUCUAGACGACGGUUGAGUUCCGAGCGACGCCGGCGUGUGGCGCGUGGUGCCGGCGAGAUGGCCGAGUCCCCGGAGUUUCUCACCGCUCAGGACGUGGGGUCCUUUGCCUAUCUUUCCAUGAAGGACAGAACACCACAGAUCUUAACCAAGGCUAUUGAUACAUUGCACCGGCAUAAAAGUGAAUUUUUUGAAAAACAUGGAGAGGAGGGUGUUGAAGCUGAAAAGAAAGCCAUUUCUCUUCUUUCUAAGUUACGGAAUGAACUGCAGACAGAUAAAGCGAUUGUCCCCCUGGUUGAUAAAUGCGAUGACACCGACAUAUGGAAUCAACACCUGGAAUAUCAGCGGAGUCUUUUAAAUGACAGCACUGGGGAGCUGCGCUGGUUCUUCUCCCCCUGGCUGUUUGCAGAGUGCUACAUGUAUCGGAGGAUUCACGAAGCCAUGGUCCAGAGUCCACCAAUCCAUGACUUUGAUGUAUUUAAAGAAAGCAAAGACUCGAACUUCUUUGAGUCCCAGGAAUCCAUCGACGCUCUGUGUCUGCAUUUGCAGCAGCUGAGACCAGUCAGAGAGCUCAGUGAGAAGCAGCUGAAGGAGGAGUUUCUCAGACUUCUGCAGAUUUCCCUCUGGGGGAAUAAGUGUGAUUUGUCUCUGUCAGGGGGAGAAAGUAGUUCUCAGAAGACCAAUGUUAUAAAUUCUUUGGAAGACUUAAAGCCAUUCAUUUUGAUAAAUGAUACAGAAUUUCUUUGGGCAUUGCUCAGUAAAUGCAAGAAAACAGCAGCACCACCAGUAGUCAGAGUAGACAUUGUUCUGGAUAAUUCUGGAUUUGAGCUUCUUACAGACUUAGUCCUCGCAGACUUCUUGUUAUCCUCUGAGCUAGCUACUGAGAUUCAUUUUCACGGGAAAACUAUUCCAUGGUUUGUGUCUGAUGUCACUGUGCGUGACUUUAGUUGGAUAGUUGACCAUGUGAAGGACAGUAAUCAGAAGGCCACAUCCGCCUGUGGGGCUGCCUGGGACAACUAUGUUAAGUCAGGGAGAUGGAUUUACCACGAUCAUAUAUUUUGGACUCUGCCUCACCCAUACUGUGUGAUGCCCCAGGUCGCCCCUGACCUGUAUGCUGAACUGCAGAAGGCAUGCCUUGUUUUAUUCAAGGGGGAUUUGAACUACAGGAAACUGAUGAGUGACAGAAAAUGGGAGUUUACCUUUCCAUUCCAUCAGGCCCUGAGUGGCUUCCACCCUGCACCCCUGUGCAGCAUAAGAACCUUAAAGUGUGAGCUUCAGGUUGGCCUGCAGCCUGGCCAGGCUGAGCAGCUCACAGCUUCAGAUCCCGGCUGGCUGACCACCGGCAGGUAUGGAAUCUUCCAAUAUGAUGGUCCACGUUGACUCUGCGCAUGAGUUCCUGGCUGGAUAGGCCCAGA